AUGGCAUUUGCGGUGUUGCAGGAUACGGCUCGUAAGUACCAGCUGAAGCUCGAGCACCAACCUGGUGACCUUAUUUAUCUCAACAACUGGACGCUACUGCAUGCGAGGGAAGCGUACCGGGAUGGUCAGACGUCUUCACGGCACCUAGUCAGACUCUGGCUCCGCAACUCGGUGCUGGAAUGGCAGGUCCCAGAAUCGGUGUCGUUUCCAUGGGAUUGUGCCUUUGGCGAACGCUCUAAGCUCGUGCCUAAUCUGAGCUACCCCUUGGUACCAUUGCCUGUGUAUAUGUACAGCAAGUACAAUUCAGGAACGGCAGCCUUCGUGCCUACAGAUGAUGAGGAUGAGGAUGAUGUCAAUGCGACCACCAGGGGUAUUCACGAUAGAGAUCAUGUAGACCAGGGAGACACGAUUCCAGUGAUUAAUUGA